AACCAUACAUAAAUCCUCUCUUGCCUCCAAAAUUCUGGAACAAGGAAAGGGAGGAAUAAACCUUGCUCAAAAUAGUUCUAUUUUAUUAUCAUCAAUCAUAUCUGAGUCAUUUUGAAACUCUUCAUUGUAUCAAUCUUAGUCACAAUGGCAACAUUUUUCCGAAGAAUGGCGAUCAGAUAUAUUUUUCUGACAUUGUUUUUCUCUGCAGAUAUUGGAUUUCUUGGACGUGUUACAUCAUUUGGAAUCAAUUACGGCCAAGUGGCUAACAAUUUGCCGUCACCGAACAAAGUGCUUGAACUCUUCAGCAACCUUAAGGUCACGAAAACAAGAAUUUAUGACACCAAUCCGGAGAUUUUGAGUGCUUUUGCUAAAUCAAACGUUGAGGUCAUUGUGACAGUAGAAAAUCAAAUGCUAAUCCAGUUAAAUGACCCCCAACAAGCCCUUCAAUGGGUGAAUGGACAUAUCAAACCGUACCUUCCAGACACAAAAAUCACUGGUAUUCAGGUAGGAAAUGAGUUAUUCACUAAUGGUGAUACCACUCUUAUUCAGUAUCUAGUACCUGCAGUGGUUAACAUUCACAAUGCUCUAGUUCAGCUAGGCAUAGACUCUAACAUCCACGUUUCAACACCAAGUUCCUUAGAAGUGCUUCAGGAAUCUUACCCUCCUUCAGCUGGCAGUUUCAAAAAUGAGAUCUCUGGGAUAAUGUCCCAGUUUUUGAGCUUCUUGUCCACCACUAAGGCACCCUUUUGGAUCAAUGCUUAUCCUUACUUCGCUUACAAGGAUGACCCUAGUAGGAUUCCAUUGGACUAUGUAUUAUUUAAUCCUAAUGAAGGAAUGGUUGACCCCAACACCAACCUACACUAUGAUAACAUGCUUUAUGCUCAGGUAGAUGCUGUCACAUUUGCCAUUGCUAGAUUGAACUUUAGUGGGAUUGAAGUAAGGGUCUCUGAGACUGGUUGGCCAUCCAAAGGAGACCUUAAUGAGGUCGGUGCCACACUACAGAAUGCUCAAACUUAUAAUAGAAAUUUGCUGAGAAGGCAAAUGGCAAAUGAAGGGACACCUCUGAGUCCAAGAAUGAGGUUGGAAGCAUACUUUUUUGCAUUGUUCAAUGAAGACAUGAAGACAGGAGCAACCUCUGAAAGGAACUAUGGCUUAUUUCAGCCUGAUGAAACCAUGACAUACAAUGUAGGGUUGGCUGCUUUUGCAUCCUCAUCCACUUCUUCCACUUCAAUUUCUCUUACCUCCUCUGCAACUAACACGAAGGCAGCAUCAAAGGAAUUUCAAAGCUUGUUCUUCUGGGUGUUUGUGUGUUUGCUGACUUCAGCCCUUCGUGGCUUUGUUUGAGAAGAAUAUUAUUACAUUCUUAUGGAGUGAUUCAUGUGUAUAUAUCAAAAUAACGAAAAGUUGGGAUUUUACAACCUUCAAGUUGCAAAAUGGAGUAUCUCUAGUAUGAUCUAUAUUAAAGGUACCUAUUUUGCAGAAAUCAGGAGCAACACUCACACUUUCUUAACAAUGGGGCAACAAAAUCUGCAUCACGGCGAAGAGUUCAACUCAUUUGGAGGAUCAUCAUCACCUUUCACUGUGGCUUCACUUUCACCCACUUACCCCACCACUAGUCACAUUCCAGCAACAACCAUGUGGCGGUGACGUUAGGUUGAGCUCGUUUUAGAUAGAUAAGGUCCAAAAGCCACAUCAUUUUUUAUUACCUGACAUUAUUUGGAAUUUUCAAAUAGGAAAUGUGUUUGUAUAUUGCUGAUUUUGUACCAUUUAUUUCAUUUCAUUCAUCCAGUCCAAAGGCAUAUGAGGCUCUAAGACAUGUCUGCCUUGAGCUCGUCUAAUUGGAUGCUAAGAAAAGCCCCCUGUUAUGGGACGUGGAAUCCAUGACUGUUCUCAUUUGUAUAUAUAAAUGUAAAAGUAAUUCCUGAUACACCAUUCUUUUCUC